AUGAAGGACGCCGUGGACCCAGAGGACCCGGCGUACUUGACACGGCAUGCGCAGAGUCAGCUCGACCUCGGCGGCACCGCGGCCGCCAAGACGAUCCGCAAGCUCGUGAACGAGCGCACGUCGACGCGCAUUCAAGAGCGGGCGGCGACGUCGUCGUCGGUUGCGUACCCGCCAUCGCGGGGCAUGGCCAAGUACACGCCACGCUUUCUCCAAGCAUGCAAGCGCCUCUUUGCGCGUUGCGAGCGCGACGUCGGCGGCCACUCGAUGGCGCUUACGGCGUUGCGGCAGCUCACGUCGACGGGCGCGUUCGCUGUCGAUCGCCAUACGCUGGACGCGUGGCUGCAGCACCCGCGCGCCGACGACGCGCGUGUCGCCUUUGGCGAAUUUGUCGACGCGUGCUACUGCUUUUACGGCCUCUGCCUUGAGGACCGCCUGGCGAGCGAGACGAGGCAUGGCGGUGGCAAUGCCGAGCACCCGUUCGCCUUGGCAUGCACCCGCGACAAAGAAGCCCGCGCCUUCUCGCCCCGCGAGCACGUCCGUCGACGCAACCCUAUGAAGGCGCAGCAAGAGCGCGACGCCAACGACGUCGUGUGGCUCGCGCAGAGCGGCUGCUUGCGUGCGUCCAAGAGCCAGCCUGUACUGCGCACGAGCUUGAGCGCGUCGUGCUUGGCCAAAAAUGAGGCCGACGUGGCGCUGAAGCGCGACAAGGUCGUGGCGCAGCGAGACGACGCGUUGCGGCAGCGGGAAGCAGUGCAGGCCAACGUCGCGCUCGCCCAGCACUUCAGCGCCAACGUGGGCAUGGUGGCGAGGCAUGUUCAGAUCGGCGAGAUCACGGAGAAGCGACAUGUGCAUGCGCGCGCCAAGAAAGCGCGCUUCGAGGUCAACAAGCAAGCCAUGGAAGAAGCCAGUGCGUGCGCCAAGGCCUUCACCAACCGCACGAAGCUCUCCAAGCUCGAGGGCGUCCAGGAAGCGCGGCGCGACGUGCAGCAUGAUCUUGUGACCCUCCGCGAACGCAAGCACUACCGGGCCGAGAUGAUUCGGCGACAUAAGGCGCUCUUCAACCUCUCCGAGUCGACGUGCACGCUGCAUCGACGGCCACCAGAGUUGCUCGCCGCGCUCUCUCGGGCGCACACGGAGGCCGAGACGCGGCGUCUCGCCAAGGUGGAGCAGCGCUUCUUUGAGCAAAGCUUGAGCCAGCAACUGCGCGAGUACAAGCAUGACAAGGAGCAUGCACUCAAGCAGACAGUGCACCCGCCUGUGCCCGCGGCCAUGAUCCACCUCGACCAGCAAGAUGACGGUGGCGCGUGGGAAAACGCUGAGGCCAAGCUGACGGCCGCCAUGGACGCGCUACUGCAGACGUGGAUCGAUGACCAGCGCGACUUGAGCUGCUUGCUGCCCACGGCCAAUACGCCACCGGCCGCGCUACGCUACUUUGGCAAGGCGCGCGACGUGCCACCCAAGCCAUUCCAGUCGUCUGCAGACCGAGGACUCUAACUACGCGAUCAACUUGAAGCCGCCUCGCC